CGGCGAGGACGGCAGCGGCGAGGACGGCAGCGGCGCCGGCACGCGGAGCCCCGGCACGGCGGUGCCCGGCAUGGCGCUGGCGCCCACAGUGUAUUUCCGGGCGCUGGUGAACUUCACCCGCAGCAUCGACUACGGCCCCGGGCUGGAGGACGCCGCCUCCGAGGAGUUUCGGGAGGUCGCCGAGGCCGUGGUGGAUACGCUGGAGUCCGAGUACUACAAGAUCCCCGGCGAGCAAGUGGUCAGCGUGGUGUUCAUCAAGGAGCUGGCCGGCGCCGUCUUCGUGGAGCUGGACGUGGGCUCGGAGGGCAACGCGGACGAGGCGCAGAUCCGCGAGGUGCUGCGCGCCGUCGUCGCCGGCGGCUCCAUCGCCUCCUACGUCACCUCCGAGGAGGGCUUCCAGUUUCGGCGCCUGGGCACCGUGACGCCGCGGUGGCGCGCCUGCAGCGCCCUGGAGUUCGCCUGCGGCAGCGGCGAGUGCGUCGACGGCGCGUACCGCUGCGACCGCCGGCCCGACUGCCGCGACGCCUCGGACGAGCAGGGCUGCGGUGAGCCGGCGCGGCGGCCGGCCGGCACGGCGAGGCCGGCGGCCACGGCGAGGCCGAGCGGCACGGCGAGGCCGGCGGCCACGGCGGCGGCGCGGCCGUCCACCAGCCGCCCGGCGGGCACGGCGCCGGCGCGGUGCCCCGGCGAGGCGGCGUGCGCCGACCGGCAGUGCGUGCCCCGCGACUACCUGUGCGACGGCGAGCGGGACUGCGCCGACGGCAGCGACGAGCUGGGCUGCGGCACCCCGACGCCCUGCGAGCCCAACGAGUUCAGGUGCCGCAACGGGCACUGCGCCCUCAAGCUCUGGCGCUGCGACGGCGACAACGACUGCGGCGACGGCUCUGACGAGAGCGACUGCCCCACCAAGGCGCCCGGCGCGGCCUGCGGGCCGGAGCAGUUCGCCUGCGUGGGCAGCGGGAGCUGCAUCCCCGCCAGCUACCAGUGCGACGAGGAGCCCGACUGCCCCGACCGCUCCGAUGAGGUCGGCUGCGUGCCCCCGCAGGUGGUGGCGCCGCCGGCCGAGGCGGUGCAGGCCGCGCCGGGCCAGACGGUGCGCUUCACCUGCGCCGCCACCGGCGUGCCCACCCCCAUCAUCACCUGGCGCCUCAACUGGGGCCACAUACCCGCCAGCCGCAGGGUGUCCAUCGUGAGCGAGCAGGGCCGCGGCACGCUGACCAUCCGCGACGUCAAGGAGGCCGACCAGGGCGCCUACACCUGCGAGGCCAUCAACGCCCGCGGCAUGGUCUUCGGCAUCCCCGACGGCGUGCUCACCGUCACGCCGCCCCGCGGGCCCUGCCCCGCCGGCCACUUCCACCUGCCCGGCGCCGCGCGCUGCCUGCCCUGCUUCUGCUUCGGCGUCACCAGCUGCCGCGGCGCCGGCCGCCACCGCCGCCGCCUCCACCUCCGCUUCGACCGCCCCGGCGACUUCAAGGGCGUGAACGUGACGGGGGCGGCGGCGCCCACGGCGCUGGCGGCGCCGCAGCUGCGCGUCGAGCCCGGCGCCGAGGAGUUCCAGCUGCUCGACCUCUCCCGGCGCUUCCUGGCGCGCGACGCCUUCUGGGCCCUGCCGGACGCCUCUGGCGACAAGACGGACGCCUACGGCGGGGCGCUGAGCUACGCGGUGCGCUACCCUGGCCGCGGCCCGCCGGAGCCCGCGCGCCGCCCACGGACGUCGUGCUGCUGGGCGCCGGCACCAAGCUGCUGUCGCGGGCCCCGCGCCGAGCCCGCGCGGCCCGGCGUCUUCAACCAGCGCCGCGUGGCCUUCACCGAGGACGAGUGGGAGGACGAGACGGGCGCCGCGGCGAGCCGGGAGCGGCUGCUGCUGGUGCUGCAGGACCUGCGGGCCGUGCUGGUGCGGGCGGUGUACGACGGGCGCCAGGCCAGCGCCGGGCUCAGCGCCGUGGCCAUGGACGUCAGCGGCGCCGAGCCCGCCGCUGGCCCGGCCGAGGAGGUCGAGGAGUGCCGGUGCCCGGCGGGCUACGCGGGGCUGUCGUGCCACCGGUGCGCCGCCGGCUUCGAGCGCGUGCGCAGGGGGCCCUACCUGGGCGCCUGCUCCGGCUGCAGCUGCCACGGCCACGCCAGCGCCUGCGACCCCGUCUUCGGGCACUGCCUGAACUGCCAGCACAACACGGAGGGCUCGCGGUGCGAGAAGUGCCGGCCCGGCUUCUUCGGCGACGCCACGCAGGGCACGGCCGGCGCCUGCCGGCCCUGCCCCUGCCCCUACGCCGAGCCGGCGCGCCGCUUCUCCGAGUCCUGCUUCCUCGACACGGACGGGCAGGCCACCUGCGACGCCUGCGCCCCCGGCUACGCCGGGCGCCGCUGCGAGAGGUGCGCCCCGGGCUUCGAAGGUGACCCCAUGCAGCCAGGAGGGAAGUGCACCCCGAUCGGCCAGGAGAUCGUGAAGUGCGACGAGCGCGGCGGCCAGGGCGCGGCGGGCGGCACGUGCCGCUGCAAGCCCAACGUGACGGGGCGGCUCUGCGACGAGUGCGCGGCGGGCGCCUUCCACCUCAGCCGCGCCAACCCCGACGGCUGCCUCAAGUGCUUCUGCAUGGGCGUCUCGCGGCAGUGCGCCAGCUCCUCCUGGCACCGCGACCAGGUGCGUGCCGCCGCCGGGGAGCCCUUCGGCCUGGCCAACCUGGCGGCCACGCGGACGGUGCGCGAGGGCGUGCGCUUCGCCGGCCCCGGCGAGCUGCUCUUCGCCGACUUCCCCGCGCUGCCGCGCGACGUCUACUUCUGGGUGCUGCCGCCGCGCUUCACCGGAGACAAGGUGACGUCCUACGGCGGGGAGCUGCGCUACACCGUGAGCCACGCGGCGCCGGCGGGCGCCCGCCCGCUGCCGCGCCACCCCGACGUGCUGCUGCGGGGCAACGGCAUCGCGCUGGAGCACUUCGGCGAGGCCAGCCCGGCGCCCGGCGUCCCCGCCGCCGUGGCCGUGCCUUUCCGCGAGCGCGCCUGGCGCCGGGCCGACGGGCGCGAGGCCACGCGGGAGCAUCUGCUCAUGGCGCUGGCCGACGUCGACCUGCUCAUGAUCCGCGCGUCCUACUCGGAGAACCCGUCGGAGAGCAGGCUCGCCGACGUCCGCAUGGACGUGGCCGUGCCCCACGCCACGGGGCUGCGGCGGGCGCUGGAGGUGGAGGACUGCGCCUGCCCCGAGGGCUACCGCGGCCCCUCGUGCCAGGACUGCGCCGCCGGCUACGCCCGCGCCGCCGGCGGGCUCUACCUGGGCACCUGCGAGCGCUGCCAGUGCCACGGGCACGCCGACGAGUGCCACCCCGAGACCGGCGUCUGCCAGGACUGCCGGGACCACACCGAGGGCGCCCAGUGCGACAAGUGCCGGCCGGGCUACUACGGCGACGCCGCCCGCGGGACCCCCGGCGACUGCCAGCCCUGUCCCUGCCACGGACCCCCCUCCGCCGCGCAGGAGACCCGGACCUGCUUCGCGGACGCCGACGGGCAGCCGACGUGCAGCGCCUGCGCCCCGGGCUACGCCGGACGGCUGUGCGAGAGGUGCUCUCCGGGCUUCGCGGGGGACCCGCCGCGGGACGUGCCGUGCCGAGGUGAGCGCCGCGGCGGCGGGCGGCGCGGGGAAGGGGCCCGCUCGCCGCGGCUCACCGCUCCGCUUCUCGUCCCGCGCGCAGAGCUGGCCGAGCGGUGCCAGUGCGACCCGCGCGGCAGCCUCGGCGGGGAGUGCGACGCCGACGGGCGGUGCCAGUGCAAGGCCAACGCCGAGGGUCCCCGCUGCGCCUCCUGCCGCCCCAACCACUUCCACCUGAGCGCCGACAACCGCCACGGCUGCCUGCCCUGCUUCUGCAUGGGCAUCGUCCAGCAGUGCGCCAGCUCCUCCUACUCCCGCAGCCUGGUCAGCACCAACUUCGCGCCCGGCGCCUUCCAGGACUUCGCCCUGGUCAACCGGCAGCACAGCACCCGCGUGGCCGCGGGCUUCGGCGUGGAGGCGGGCGCCGAGGGCCCCCGGCUCACCUACGGCCGCUUCGGGCAGCUGGCGCAGGAGUCCUACUACUGGCAGCUGCCGCAGCCCUACCAGGGAGACAAGGUGGGCUCCUACGGCGGGCGGCUCCGCUACACCCUGGCCUACGUCCCGGCGGGCCCGGGCGCCCCCCUGCCCGACGCCGACGUCCAGAUCACGGGCAACGACAUCACGCUGGUGGCGUACCAGCCUGAGCUGCCGCCGCGGGCGCCGCGGGCUUUCGAGGUCGUCUUCCGAGAGCAAUACUGGAAGCGCCCGGACGGGCAGCCGGCCACGCGGGAGCAUCUCCUGAUGGCGCUGGCCGACCUGGAUGAGAUCCUCAUCCGCGCCACCUACUCCACCAACAUGGCCUCGUCCAGCAUCGCCGGCGUGAGCAUGGAGACGGCCGUGCCGGCCGCCCCCGGCCUCCCGCCGGCGCCGGAGGUGGAGGAGUGCCGGUGCCCGCCGGGCUACCGCGGGCUGUCCUGCCAGGAUUGCGCCGCCGGCUACACCCGCACCGGCGGCGGGCUGUACCUGGGCCACUGCGAGCUCUGCGAGUGCAACGGCCACUCGGACAGCUGCCACCCCGAGACCGGCACCUGCUCCAGCUGCCUGCACAACACGGCGGGCGAGUUCUGCGAGCAGUGCUCGCCCGGCUUCUACGGGGACGCCACCGCCGGCACGCCGGAGGACUGCCAGCCCUGCGCCUGCCCCCUGCUCCACCCCGAAAACCAGUUCUCGCGGACGUGCGAGAGUCUGGGAGCCGGCGGGUACCGCUGCACCGCCUGCGAGCCCGGCUACGCCGGGCAGUACUGCGAGCGGUGCGCGCCCGGCUACGCGGGAGACCCCAACGUGCGGGGGCAGAGGUGCCUGCCCGUGGACCGGGCGCCUCUCGCCGUGCGCGUCCACCCGCCGAGGACCACGGUGGCCCAGGGCAGCCCGGUGACCCUGCACUGCCAGGCCAGCGGCGACCCCCCUCUCUAUUACUACUGGUCGCGGGAAGACGGACGGCCGCUGCCCGGCAGCGCCCAGAGCCGGCGCGAAGGUGAGGAGCUGCACUUCGCCAGCAUCCAGCCCUCCGAAGCCGGCGUCUACAUCUGCUCCUGCCGCAACCUGCAGCACAGCAACGCCAGCCGCGCCGAAGUCAUCGUCACCGAAACCCCCGGCAAGCCCAUCACGGUGACGGUGGAGGAGAAGAGGGUGCAGCGGGUGAAGCCCGGGACCGACGUCACCUUCAUCUGCACGGCCAAGAGCAAGUCGCCCGCCUACACGCUGGUGUGGACGCGCCAGAACCACGGGAAGCUGCCGAGCCGCGCCAUGGACUUCAACGGCAUCCUCACCAUCCGCAACGUGCAGCCCGAGGACGCCGGCGUCUACGUCUGCACCGGCUCCAACAUGCUCGACAUGGACGAGGGCACGGCCACGCUCUACGUCCAAGCCCCUUCUAAGACUCAGAUGUUUUACGGGCCCGUUGAAUUCAUGGAAGGCCACAGACCCUCCAGCCCCGCCGCGGCCCCCAGCGCCACCGUGGAGCCGGCGCAGCUGAGCGUGGCGCCGGGCCAGCCCGCCGAGUUUCGCUGCACGGCCACCGGCAGCCCCGCGCCCACCGUCGAGUGGCUCGGCGGCGCGGGCGGCGCGCUGCCCCCGGGCGCCGCGGUCCAGGGCGGCAUCCUGCGCUUCCCGGCCGCCGAGCCCGCCGACGAAUCGCACUACCUGUGCCGGGCGCGCAACAGCGCCGGGCAGCACACGGCGCGGGCUUUCCUCCGCGUGCAAGGUCCCGGCGCCCCGCAGGUGCAGGUGAGCCCUGAGCGGACCGAGGUGCAGGAGGGCUCCACGGUGCGGCUCUACUGCCGCGUCUCUGGCUCGCCCGACGCCACCAUCUCCUGGGAGAGGCAGGAGGGCGCUUUGCCCCCGCAGUCCCGCUCGGAGCGCACCGACAUCGCCGCGCUGGUGAUCCCCUCCAUCGCGGCGGCCGACGGCGGCGUCUACCUCUGCGUGGGCACCAGCGCCGCCGGCACGGCCCGGGCCAGGAUCGACGUGGUGGUGGUGCCGGGCGCCGCGCCGCCCGUCCGCGUCGAGUCCCCGUCCCCGUCCGUCGCCGAGGGACAGACUCUGGACCUCGACUGCGUGGUGGCCGGCCCCGGCCAGGCCACGGUGACGUGGUACAAGCGCGGCGGGUCGCUGCCCGCCGGCCACCAGGUCUCGGGCACCCGCCUGCGCAUCCUCCGCGUCACGGCGGCCGACGCCGGCGAGUACGUGUGCCGCGUCGCCUCCGGCGCCGCCGUCCGCGAGGCCUCCGUCGUUGUCGCCGUCCAGGCCGGCUCCGGCUCGUCGUACGGGCCGGUGGCGUCGGGCCUCGCGCCCCCCAUCAGGAUCGAGGCGUCCUCGCCCGCCGUGGCCGAGGGACAGAGCCUGGAGCUCAACUGCAUCGUCGCCAGCCCCGCGCAGGCCACGGUGACGUGGUACAAGCGCGGCGGGUCGCUGCCGGCCAAGCACCAGGUGUCGGGCUCCCGGCUGCGGCUGCUGCAGGUGACGGCGGCCGACUCGGGCGAGUACGUGUGCCGGGUGAGCGCCGGGGCGGCCACCAAGGAGGCCUCCGUCGUGGUGACCAUCCAGCCGAGCGGGGCCGUCACGCACCCCGCCGGCGCCACGCCGCCCGUGCGCAUCGAGUCCUCCUCCUCCUCGGUGGCCGAGGGACAGACCCUGGACCUCAACUGCGUGGUGGCCGGCCCCGGCCAGGCCACGGUGACGUGGUACAAGCGCGGCGGGUCGCUGCCGGCCAAGCACCAGGUGUCGGGCUCCCGGCUGCGGCUGCUGCAGGUGACGGCGGCCGACUCGGGCGAGUACGUGUGCCGGGUGAGCGCCGGGGCGGCCACCAAGGAGGCCUCUGUCGUGGUGACCAUCCAGCCGAGCGGGGCCGUCACGCACCCCGCCGGCGUGGCGCCGCCCGUGCGCAUCGAGUCGUCCUCGCCCGCCGUGGCCGAGGGCCAGACCCUGGAGCUCAACUGCGUCGUCGCCGGCGCCGCGCAGGCCACGGUGACGUGGUACAAGCGCGGCGGGUCGCUGCCACCCAGGCACCAGGUGUCGGGCUCCCGGCUGCGGCUGCUGCAGGUGACGGCGGCCGACUCGGGCGAGUACGUGUGCCGGGUGAGCGCCGGGGCGACCACCAAGGAGGCCUCCGUCGUGGUGACCAUCCAGCCGAGCGGGGCCAUCUCCUACCCCGCCGGCGUGACGCCGCCCGUGCGCAUCGAGUCCUCCUCCUCCUCGGUGGCCGAGGGCCAGACCCUGGACCUCAACUGCAUCGUGGCGGGCCGGGGCCAGGCCACGGUGACGUGGUACAAGCGCGGCGGGUCGCUGCCGGCCAAGCACCAGGUGUCGGGCACCCGCCUCCGCAUCCCGCAGGUGUCGGCGGCCGACUCGGGCGAGUACGUGUGCCGGGUCGCCGCGGCGGGCGUCGCGCGGGAGAGCUCCCUCCUCGUCACCAUCCAGAGCGGCGCCGGCUCCUCCUACGCCGUGGGCGUCACGCCGCCCGUGAGGAUCGAGACCUCGUCCGCCUCCGUGGCCGAGGGCCAGACGCUGGAGCUCAACUGCAUGGUGGCGGGGCAGGGGCACCCCCACGUCAGCUGGUACCGGCGCGGGGCGCCUCUGCCCCCCAACAGCCAGGUCUCCGGCUCCCGCCUGCGCCUCGUCCAGGUGUCGGCGGCCGACUCGGGCGAGUACGUGUGCCGCGUCAGCUCGGGGACCGCCGCGCAGGAGGCUUCGGUCGUCGUCACCGUGCCCGCCGGCGCCGGCGCCUUCUACCCCCCGGGCGCCCCGCACCCCGUGCGCAUCGAGUCUUCGUCCUCCUCCAUCGCCGAGGGACAGACCCUGGACCUCAACUGCGUGGUGGCCGGCCCCGGCCAGGCCACGGUGACGUGGUACAAGCGCGGGGGGCCUCUGCCCGCCGGCCACCAGGUGUCGGGCACCCGCCUCCGCAUCCCGCACGUGUCGGCGGCCGACUCGGGCGAGUACGUGUGCCGGGUCGCCGCGGCGGGCGUCGCGCAGGAGAGCUCCCUCGUGGUGACCAUCGACGACGGCGCCGCCGACCCCUCCAGCGCCGCGCCGCCCGUGCGCAUCGAGUCCUCGGCGCCCUCCGUCACCGAGGGCCAGACCCUGGACCUCAACUGCGUGGUGGCCGGCCCGGGCCGGGCCGAGGUGACGUGGUACAAGCGCGGCGGGUCGCUGCCGGCCAAGCACCAGCUCUCGGGGCCUCGCCUGCGGCUCUCGCAGCUCUCCGUGGCCGACUCGGGCGAGUACGUGUGCCGCGCGGGCUCAGGCGGCGGCGCCCGCGAGGCCUCCGUCACCGUCACCGUCUCCUCCCGCGACGGCUCCAGCUACCGCCUGCAGAGCCCCAUCAUCUCCAUCGACCCGCACAGCAUGGCUGUGGCCCACGGCGAGGACGCCGCCUUCAAGUGCCGUGUCCACGAUGGCGCCCGGCCCAUCAACGUCACCUGGCGCAUGGGGCCUGGCCAGCACUUCCAAGAUAACGUCAAGAUCAGCCCCAACGGCUCGGUGAUCUCCAUCACCGGUGCCCACGCUGGCAACCAGGGCGCCUACCACUGCGUAGCCUCCAACCGCUUCGGCAUCGCCAGCAGUGUGGUCAACCUCCUCGUGCAAGGCGCCCCCACGGUCUCGGUGAUGCCGCCGGGUCCCGUGACGGUGAAGGAGGGCAAGUCCAUCAGCCUGGAGUGCCUGGGCCGGGGCGAGCCGCGGCCGCUGGUGCGCUGGAGCCGGGUGGGCUCGCGGCAGAAGGUGGAGCACCAGACGCUGCUGCACAUGGAGAGCCAGGCCGUGCUGCAGCUGACGCCGGCGAAAGCGGAGCACGCCGGCACCUACGUGUGCACGGCGCACAACGCCCUGGGCUCGGCGCAGGCCCAGGUGGCCGUGAGCGUGGAGACGGCGCGGAGGACUCCCGGCGCCCCGGAGGUGGUCACGUCGCCCGCCGUCACCGUGGUGGCCGGCGACACCGCCACGCUGAGCUGCUCCGCGACAGGCGAGCCGGCGCCAACCAUCGAGUGGUCGAAGCUGCGGGCGCCGCUGCCCUGGCAGCACCGGGUGCUCAACGGCACGCUGGUCAUCCCCCGCGCGGCCCAGCAGGACUCGGGCCAGUACAUCUGCAACGCCAGCAACGCCGUCGGCUUCGCCGAGGCCUUCGUCACCCUCGACGUGGAGACGCCGCCGUACGCCACAAGCCUGCCGGAGGAGAGCACGACGCGGGCGGGCGACGCGCUGCAGCUGCAGUGCCUGGCGCACGGCACGCCGCCGCUGCGCUACCACUGGGACAAGGUGAACGGCAGCUUGUCGGCGCGGGCCGCCCGCCGCGACGGCCUCCUGCGCAUCAGCCCCGUGCUGCCCGCCGACGCCGGCACCUACCGCUGCCUCGUCUCCAACCGCGUGGGCGCCGCCGAGACCUUCGCCCGGGUCGCCGUCCUCGGCGAGCACCCAGGCGACGGUGAGGAGCCGGCGCCCGCCGGCCCGCCGACGGCGCGGGUGACCCCCCGAAGCCUCGUCAGAGGGGUGGGCGGCACGGCCGAGUUCAGCUGCGCCGUCACCGGAGACCCCCGGGCGCGCAUCGAGUGGCUCAAGGACGGCGGCGAGCUGCCCCCCGGCAGCAGCGUGCGGGAUGGGGUGCUGCGCAUCCGUGACCUGGACCGCAGCGGCCAGGGCGUCUACACGUGCCGCGCCAGCGGCCCGGGCGGGCGGGCCGAGGACAGCGCCACGCUCUCCAUCCAGGCUCUGCCCAGGGCGCUGAUCAACAUCCGGACGGCGGUGCAGAUGGUGCUGGCGGGCACGGCGGUGGAGCUGGAGUGCCUGGGGCUGGGCGAGCCCAAGCCCCACGUCACCUGGAGCAAGGUGGGCGGCCGCAUCCGCCCCGGCGUGCUGGCCAGCGCCGGCACGCUGAAGAUCGAGCGGGUGGAGCGGAGCGACGCCGGGCAGUACCGCUGCACGGCCACCAACGCCGUGGGCACCGUGCAGUCCCACGUCAUCCUCCACGUGCAGGCCGCCCCCCAAAUCGCCGGACAGCCCGAGGUCAAGGAGGUCUCGGUGGGCUCGGCGGCCGUUUUCCCCUGCCUGGCGUCCGGCUUCCCCGUCCCGGAGGUUAAAUGGAGCAAGCUGGAGGGAGACCUGCCCGAGGCGGCCCGGGUGGAGGGCACCGUGCUCACGGUGCCGGCCGUGCGCCCCGAGGAUGCCGGCGUCUACGUGUGCGCCGCUUCCAACCGGCGCGGCCAGGAGACCGCUUUCUCUGUGCUCCGGGUGCGAGAGCGCCUGGUGCCCUACUUCGCGCGGACGCCCCGCUCCUUCCUGCCGCUGCCCACCAUCAAGGACGCCUACAAGAGGUUCGAGAUCCGCAUCACCUUCCGGCCCGACGCCGCCGACGGGAUGCUGCUGUACAACGGGCAGAGGAAGAGCAGCGGCGCCGACUUCGUCUCCUUCGGGCUCGUCGGCGGCCGCCCCGAGUUCAGGUUCGACGCCGGCUCGGGCAUGGCCACCAUCCGGCACCCGACUCCCCUCCGCCUGGGCGAGUACCACACCGUCCGCCUCUUCCGCAACCUCACCCAGGGCUCCCUGGCCCUCGACGGCUUCCCGCCCGUCAACGGCACCUCGCAGGGCAAGUUUCAGGGGCUGGACCUCAACGAGGAGCUGUACCUCGGCGGCUACCCCGACUACGACGCCGUGGCCAAGACCGGGCUCGGCAGCGGCUUCGUGGGCUGCGUGCGCCAGCUCCUCAUCCAGGGCGAGGAGGUCGUCUUCAGCGAGGCCGACCUGCGGGCGCACGGCAUCUCCAACUGCCCCACGUGCCGGGACCGGCCGUGCCAGAACGGCGGCGUGUGCGAGGACGCCGAGAGCAGCGCCUACGUGUGCCGCUGCCCCGCCGGCUUCACCGGCAGCAACUGCGAGUACUCCCAGGCCCUGCACUGCCACCCGGAGGCCUGCGGGCCCGAUGCCACCUGCGUCAACCGGCCCGACGGGCAGGGCUACACGUGCCGCUGCCACCUGGGCAAGUCGGGAGAGAAGUGCAUGGACGGUGAGGCCGUGAGCGCCCCGUCCUUCGACGGGGAGGACGCCUUCAUCUCCUACCCGCCGCUGACCAACAUCCACCACGAGCUGCGGGUGGACGCCGAGUUCAAGCCGCUGGCGCCCGACGGGCUGCUGCUCUUCAGCGGCGGCAAGGCGGCCCCCGUGGAGGACUUCGUGGCCCUCGCCAUGGCCGGCGGGCACCUCGAGUUUCGCUACGAGCUGGGCUCAGGCCCGGCAGUGCUGCGGAGCGCGGAGCCGCUGGCGCUGGGGCGCUGGCACCGCGUCUCGGCCGAGCGGCUGCACAAGGACGGCACGCUGGUGGUGGACGGCGGCCCGCCGGUGAAGCGCUCCUCGCCGGGCAAGAGCCAGGGCCUGAACCUGCGCACGCCGCUCUACCUGGGCGGCGUGGAGCCGGCGCUGCGCCUGCCCGCCGCCGCCAACGUCAGCGCCGCCUUCCGCGGCUGCGUCGGCGAGGUGUCGGUCAACGGGAAGAAGGUGGACCUGUCCUACAGCUUCCUGCAGAGCCGCGGCGUCGCGCAGUGCCGCGAGAGCUCGCCCUGCGAGCGGGCGCCGUGCCGGCACGGGGGCCGCUGCGUGACCGCCGGCGCCUCCUUCCGCUGCCUCUGCCGCGACGGCUUCAGCGGGCCGCGCUGCGAGCUGGCCGACGACCAGUGCCUGCUGGGCAACCCCUGCCUCCACGGCGGCACCUGCAAAGCCAACGCCUGCCUCUGCCCCGAGGGCUUCGCCGGCGCCUACUGCCAGCACGGCUCGGCGCUCGCGGAGCUCGACCGCGACUGGGCGCACGAAGGCAGCGGCGGCAACGACGCCCCCGGGCAGUUCGGCGCCUCCUUCCGCGACGGCGGCUACCUGGCCUUGCCCGGCCACCUCUUCCCCCGCGGCGCCCCCGGAGCGCCCGAGACGGUGGAGCUGGAGGUGCGGACCGGCAGCGCCGACGGCGUGCUCCUCUGGCACGGCGCGGAGCCCGGCGAGAGCGGCAAAGCCAAGGACUUCAUCGGCCUCGGCCUGAAGGACGGGCACCUGGUGUUCAGCUACCAGCUGGGCAGCGGCGAGGCCGCCAUCGUCUCCGAAGACCCCAUCAACGACGGCGAGUGGCACCGGGUGACGGCCACCAGGGAGGGACGCCGCGGGUGGCUGCAGGUGGACGGUGAGGAGCCCGUGCAUGGAGAGUCACCAGGCACCAACAUCAUGGCCAACACCGAGGGCAACAUCUACCUCGGCGGCGCCCCGGACCCCCGGAGCCUCACGGCCGGCAAGUUCGUCUCAGGAAUCACCGGGUGCCUCCGGGGCCUGGUGCUGGCGCCCGCGGGCGCCCCCCGGCACCCCAUCGACCUGCGGCACCGGGCGGCGGGCGGCACCGCAGUCCCCGAGUGCCCCUCGUAGCCCCGCGCCCCCCUCAUGCCGCCCCCCCUGCUGCAGCGCCCAGAAUUUGAGGGGGGGGAUUUUUUGUUUUUCGAUUUUUUAUUUUUUUUUUUAUUUUAUUUUUUUUUUGCGAAAAGCCAAGAGGACAAACGGUGCUCGGCCGCCACCGGGGUGCUUCGCCGCCCGGGGAGGCCCCGCCAAAUGUUUACACUGCCCUGACCCGUGCCGGCGCGGCCGGGUGCCUCCUGGGGUGGCCCCGGGGUGUUAUUAUUUGGGGGGGGGGCACCCCUGCCCCACGGCUCGCUCUUUGCGGGGACGCCUAUUAAAGGAGAGAGAUGGA